UCCACUGCGGGUCCGGAGUUGGCGCAGUGGGCUGACGAAAGACGUAACCUCCGUAGCCUCCUACGUGCAGCUCCCGGCUCUGCCUCUGGGAGUUGAAGUUUCCGAAAAAGGACCGUCUCGAGUGGUAAAGACCACUACAAAAAGCUUUCUGAGAGGUUAUCAGAUUCCCCGACAACUCCUCUGUUCGAGGCAUCAAAUAAUGUCAUCUGAAAUGUUGCCAGCAUUUAAUGAGACUUGUAAUGUUGAAAGACAGCAAGACUUAAGUGAAGAUGGAGAGGAAAAUCAGAAGCCAGGAUUAAGUGAAAGGUUUCAACCAAUAUCUAAACGGCAAAUGAAGAAGCUAAUGAAACAGAAACAAUGGGAAGAACAACGAGAACUCCGCAAACAAAAGCGGAAGGAAAAACGCAAGAGAAAGCAAUUAGAGCGACAAUGUCAACCUGAGUCAAAUUCAGAUGGAAGUGACAGAAAACGUAUUCGAAGAGACGUUGUUCACAGCCCACUCCGCCUUAUCAUCGACUGCAGUUUUGACAGCUUGAUGGUGUUAAAGGACAUUAAGAAACUUCACAAGCAGAUUCAACGAUGUUAUGCAGAAAAUCGACGAGCACUGCAUCCUGUGCAGUUUUAUUUGACAAGCCAUGGAGGCCAGCUGAAAAAGAACAUGGAUGAAAAUGACAAAGGAUGGGUCAACUGGAAGGAUAUCCACAUCAAACCAGAGCACUAUAGUGAAUUCAUACAGAAAGAAGACCUGAUUUAUCUUACAUCAGAUUCACCUAAUAUAUUAAAGGAAUUAGAUGAAUCAAAGGCCUAUGUGAUUGGAGGAUUAGUAGAUCACAACCAUCACAAGGGACUCACAUAUAAACAAGCAUCAGAUCAUGGAAUUGAUCAUGCACAGCUUCCCCUUGGGAAUUUUGUGAAGAUGAAUAGUAGAAAAGUUUUGGCAGUUAAUCAUGUGUUUGAGAUUAUUCUGGAAUACCUGGAGACAAGAGACUGGCAAGAAGCAUUUUUCACCAUUUUACCCCAAAGGAAAGGAGCUGUUCCCACAGACCAAGCCUGUGAAAGUUGUUCAUGUGACAAGAAAUUCACCAGAGUUGAAGGUGGAUUAAACAGUGAUUCCAGUGAAGAGGAAAAUAGGCAUGAGCUGGAUUCACCACAUGAGGAAGAAAAGCAGGAUAAAGAAAGUAGCACUGACUCUACAGUGAACUCUGUACCGUACUAGUAUCAUCUUUUUUUUUUUUUCUUCUUAAGUUUAAGGAAAAAUCAGGUGAAAGGUGUUUCAUAGAAUAUUUGAAUUGGAGGGAAAUUUCAUUUUCUUUUAUUUCUGUUGUGAAUUUUUUUAAACUUUCUUUUUGAACUACGUGAUAAAAAGUACUCAUAAGAAAGCAUUUUUUUGUUCUUGCAUAAGAGUUAAACAUGUAAAAUAAAAAAUAAUUUUCUAAACCUCAAAUAACCAUUACUUGAUAAUAUUACCCUAUUAGUAAAUCUGUUGGAGAAGGAAAUGGCAACCCACUCCAGUGUUCUGCCUGGAGAAUCCCAGGGACCAGGGAGCCUUGGCAGGCUGCUGUCUAUGGGGACGCAGAGUUGGACACGACUGAAGCGACUUAGCAGCAGCAGUAGCAGCAGUAAAUCUGUAUUCUUUUAUUUACAAGAUUGUGUUCUUCAGAAUGUGCCUUCUGACCUUUCAGUUUUAUUACUAUAUGUUUAUAUCAGUGUCUUUCUGAUUUAUUGCCUGCUUAUUUGUGGAGGCAGGUAUCCUAAAUCUCCUUUAAGUCUAACAAAAUUUUCUGAAUGGGAGGUUACCUUCUAUUUGCAGCUUUUAUAUUCAGUUUAAUUAUUUCAAAGGAAUAUAGUGAUUUUAGGAACAAAGUAGUAUUGGAUUGAUGAGGGGCUUCUGUGGUGGCUCAGUGGUAAAGAAUCCACCUGCCAAUGCAGAAGACAUGAGUUCAAUCCCUGGGUCAGGAAGAGCCCCUGGAGAAGGAAAAGGCAACCCAUUCCAGUAUUCUUGGAUUGAAUUGAUAAAUUCAAAAAUUGAUGUCUGUUGGACUAUGGACCCACCUCUAUCCUUUUGUGUGUGUGUGAUGCUUUUGUGGUUCUAAGGCAAGCACUAAGGACUUAAUACUUUAAUAUAUUUUCUUAAUUUAAAUAAUGAUGGUAAAUUAUUUUGAUUACAAAAUUAAUUUUUCAGCCACCAGGGAGGUCCAUUUUUCAGGCUAGAUUAAUUUAAAAAGCUGUUGAGGGAUUGCCCUGGUGGUCCAGUGGUUAAGAAUCCACCUUCCAGUGCAGGGGACACGGGUUUGAUCCCUGGUCUGAGAAAAUUCCACAUGCCGUGGGGUAACUAAGCAUGUGCACUUUAACUACGGUGCCUGCGCUCCAGAGCCCUCACGCUGCAACUCCUGAAGCCCACGUGCUCUAGAGCCUGUGCUCCACAGGAGAAGCCACUGCAAUGACAAACCCAUGCACAGCAGCUAGAGAAAGCCCGCAUGCAGCAAUGAAGACCCAGCCCAAUCAAAUAUAAUAAAAGGCAUAGAUGGAUCCAUUUAUGUCAUUACCCAAAUUUAAAAAGAAACAGCUCUUAAAAAAGUAGCCCUUAGCAGCUAUCCUUUUUCUCCUUAUGUACUUCUUUAAAAUAAUGUUGGUUCUUAAGCAAAUAAAGUUAACUUUAUAUGUGCAUCUGUCUAUCAUACAGUAAUAUUUAAGCUAAUGUAAAUAUGUUUCUGUAAAUAAUAUAAGCAUGUAUGAAAAUAUGCAUAUAAUUGUAUAUACAUCUGUCUGUCCACAUCAUGUAUAAUUCUGUUAUUGAUGAUAGUAGGAUUGAGUUGCCAUAUCUAUAUUAUUUGUGUGAAUGUGCUGAAAAACACUAAGGAAUUUAAAUUUCAUAAAAUGUAAAAAUCUAUAACUAAACAUUUAUAUGAGGGCAUUGGCAAGAGAUGGUAGAGCUAGUAGAUGUUCUAGUUCCUGCCAGUAAAUGUAGAGCAGUUAUAUUUAAUGUGAUUAUUCUUUGUCACAGCUAAAGUAACAUUUCAGAAGCCUUAGUUAAUAAGUUUGGAUAAAUUAAGUUUCUGUUUUUUUUACUUAUUGGCAUCUCAGAUUAUAUACAUAUUUGAUCAAAAAUUCACUGAAUUUAAUAUUGAUGUUCACUCUCUCUUGUUACUUUAUUCUUAGUAAGCUAUUACAGUUAUCCAUUUAAAGGUCUGUGAGCAAUGUAUGUAAAUAAAGAAAAGCCCCCACAGUUAUAGAACAGAGUUUAUGUCUUAAGUUGUAUUUUUCAAAGUUACAGAUUUUUCUAAAUGUAGUUAGUAGCAUGGAAUGUUAGGCUUAUAAUUUAAAUCAUUCUAUAUGGAAUAAGGCUCAGUUUAAUAUUGAAAAGUGGGGAGAGGUCAUUACAAGCACCAUGUAGUUUAAUUUUCACUAAUUAUAUAAGCCCUAUAUUUGUUUCCAGGGCUGCUGUAACAAAAUACUGCAAACAACAGUAGUUAUUAAAAAACAACAGUAGUUUAUUUAAAACAACAGAAAUUUAUUCUCAAAACAACAGAAACGUCCUCUUAUAGUUCUGGAGACUGAUAGUCCAGAAUCAGGGUGCUGGAUGGCUCAUACCCCCUCAGAAGGCUAGUGAAGAUUCCCUCCUGGCUUUUUCUAGCUGUCGGUGGUUGCCAGCAAUCCUUGGCGUUCCUUGGCUUGAAACUGCAUCACUAUAAUCUUUGUCAUCACAUGGACUUCUGCCCUCUGUCUUUUGUGCUUGUAUUGUGUCUUUUUAAGGAUACUGAUGAUUGGAUUAGGGUUCACCAUUAUUCACCGUGAGUUCAUUUUCACUUGAUUUUACCUACAAAAACUGUUGUCAUAUAAGUUCACAUCCACAGGUACCACAUAUUAGGACCUGAACAUAUCUUUUGGGUGGAGACAAUUGUGUUCACUCCAAGUCCGUAUCUAAUUUGGAUUGCUGAUGACAAGAAGGCGAAGAUGACAAUUAGAAAUGACUAAUUUCUGAGGUAUUUAAAAUUUUGUUUUUCUUUAAAUAAUUGUAUUUUUUUCUUAUUUUACUAUGUUUUCAAAAUUGUUUUGGUUUAUCUGAGGUACUUUAUGUAAAAACUUAAGUAAUAUUAAAGUCACUUGUAUUGGAACAUAGUAAAGGUAGGGAAUUUAGUUAGUACUUAAAUGCAUCAAAAGGAGAUAUGUCUGCUGAAAUAAUAGGAUUUUCUCUCAUUUUUAAUUUUUAAAGUUUAUUUUUAUUGAAGUUUAGUUGAUUUAUAAGAUUUUGGGUAUAUCACAAAGUGAUAUGGUUAUGCAUACACACUAUAUUUAUAAAAUAUAUAUCUAUUCUUUUUCAAGUUCUUUUCCAUUAUAGGUGAUUAGAAGAUAUUGAAUAUUGUUCCCUGUGCUACAUAGUAAGUCCUUGUUUAUUUAUUUUGUAUGGAGUAGUGUGUAUCUGUUAAUCUCAAAUUCCUGAUGUAUCUCAUCCCCCACUUUGCCCUUUGGUAACUUAAGUUUGCUGUUUGUGUCUGUGUGUCUGUUUUGUAAAUAAAUUCAUUUGUAUAAGUUUUUUUAGAUUUCACAUAUAAGUGAUGUGAUGUUUGUAUUUAUCUAAUUUACUUGACUUAGUAUCAUAAUCUCUGGGUCCAUCAGUAUUCCUACAAAUGACAUUAUUUCAUCCUUUAACAUUCCACUGUGUGCAUCUAUAUAUAUACACACACACACCACAUUUUCUUUAUCUGUUCAUUUGUCAGUGGUCAUUUAGGUUGCUUGCGUGUCUUGGCUAUUGCAAAUAGCGCUGCAGCAAACACUGGAGUGCGUGUAUCUUUUUGAAUUAAGAGUUUUUGUCUUUUCUGGAAAUGUGCCCAGGAGUGUGAUUGGUGAGUUCUAAGGUAACUAUUUUUAGUUUUUUAAGAAACCUCCAUACUGUUCUCCAUAGUGGGCUGCACCAAUUUACAUUCCCAGCUACAGUGUAGGAGGGUUCUCUUUUCUCCACAAGCUCUCCAGCAUUUAUUUGUUGACUUUUUGAUGAUGGCCAUUUUGCUUGUUGUGAGGUGAUACCUUAUUGUAGUUUUGAUUUGCUUUUCUCUAAUAAUUAGCAAUGUGAACAUCUCUUCACGUACCUAUUGGCCAUUGUAUAUCUUCUUUGGAGACAUGUUUAUUUAGAUUGUCUGUACAUUUUUGAUUGGGGUUUUUUUGGUUUGAUUUUGACUUGUCUUGGCCCUCUGGUGGGCUGGGCAGUGUCUCGAGGUGAGUCCAGAGGCUUGGGCUCACUAUUCUCUAGGCAGCCUAUUUGUGAUGGGUGGGGCUGUGUCCCUGGCCAGUUUGUUGUUUGUCCUGAAGCAUCUUAGCAGUGAAGUCCACAGGCUAUUGGAUGGGUCUGAUGCUCUUGGUGCUAAUGAGCCAAGAUGUUAACUGUCAACAGCAAGUGUUCGCCAGGCUGGAUGUUCCCCAGUGCGUCCAUCACUGGCGUCUGUGCCCCCAGUGUGAACCACAGCCGCCCCUGCCUCUCCAGGAGACUGUCUGGAGCCCGCAGGUUGGUCUGGCCCAGGCUCCUAUCAAAUUGCUGCUUUUGCUCUGGGUCCCAGUGUGCUUAAGGCUUUG